CGCCUCAUACAUACACUCUCUCCGUAAAUUGAAUUCCACACUCCACCAAACCAGAAGCCGAAACAAUGAUUCUGGUAAUCUUGCUGAUGUUCUUCAACGCUUUGCCGCACGCUUUUGCCCUCAACCAGGAAGGUCUGUACUUGCUGCAAGCCAAGCUAAGCCUUUCCGACCCAACCGACGCCCUUUCCUCCUGGAACAACCGAGACGACACUCCUUGCAACUGGCGCGGCAUUUCCUGCAACUCACUCACUGGACGAGUCGAAUCAGUUACCCUUCCCGACUCUGAACUCGCCGGACCCUUUCCGCUUUUUAUCUGUCGUCUCCCUUCUCUUCACUCCGUAUUGCUCGUCAAUAACUCCAUCAAUUCAUCACUACCCGUUGGUAUUUCCGAGUGUCGAAAUCUAACGACCCUCGAUCUCUCACAGAACCUCCUUGUUGGGUCUUUACCUCACUCCCUCGCCACGAUUCCCACACUGCAAAAGCUGAUCCUUUUCGGGAAUAACUUCUCCGGUGAGAUUCCCGCGAGUUUCGCACAAUUUCAACGCCUCGAGUAUCUGAAUUUGGCGGGAAAUCUCCUCGACGGAGCCAUUCCUGCUGCCCUUGGAAACAUUUCGACUCUCAAAGAGUUGGACCUUGCUUAUAACCCCUUUUUUCCUACUCAUAUUCCGAGUGAACUCGGUAAUUUAACAAAUCUCGAGCAGCUUUUUCUCGCGAGUUGUAAUAUUGUCGGCCAAAUUCCCUCGAGCUUCGGUCGUUUAGUUCACCUUCAAAACCUUGAUUUGUCCUUGAAUCGGCUCACUGGGUCGAUUCCUAGUUCAAUUUCCGAGUUGAAAAGCAUUGAGCAAAUUGAGUUGUUUAACAACUCUCUAACCGGGGAGUUGCCGUUAAACAUGGGGAAUUUAACUACGUUGAAGAGGUUCGACGCGUCCAUGAAUGAGUUAACUGGGGCAAUUCCGGCUGGCUUAUGCGGAUUACAGCUUGAGUCAUUGAAUCUUUAUUACAACAGGCUUGAAGGGGCUUUACCGCAGAGCAUAACUAGGUCGGAAACGUUGCACGAGCUGAAAUUGUUCAACAACAAACUCAGCGGAUCACUGCCGAGUCAACUUGGUGCAAACUCACCAUUACAAAGUUUGGAUUUGUCUUAUAAUCGGUUUUCUGGAGAAAUUCCAGAGAACUUGUGCGCAAAACGGCAGCUAGAGGACAUCAUUUUGAUUUACAAUUCAUUCUCGGGCAAAAUUCCAGAAAGUCUAGGCAGAUGCACGAGUUUACGCCGGGUCCGGUUCAAGCACAAUCGUUUCUCGGGUCAAAUUCCAGACCACUUUUGGGGACUACCCAAAGUAUUUUUGCUCGAGCUUGCUGAAAAUUCCUUUAGUGGGAAAAUUCCAAAGACGAUUUCAAGUUCUCAUAAUCUCUCUAUUCUGUCAAUUUCCAACAACGGAUUCGCCGGAUCAUUGCCAGAUGAAAUCGGGUCAUUGGAGGCACUAGUAGAGAUGUCUGCUAGUGGAAACGGGUUCACGGGUCAGGUUCCUAGAUCGUUGGUGAACUUGAGCAACUUGGUUAAGCUCGAUCUUAGUGAAAAUAAGAUCGAUGGAACGAUCCCCGAAGGAGUCAAGGGGCUGAAGAACUUGAAUGAGUUAAAUUUGGCUAACAAUAGGCUAUCUGGGAGUAUUCCUAAUGAUAUUGGUAGCUUGCCUGUACUUAAUUAUCUUGAUCUUUCAAGUAAUUCAUUUUCUGGGGAAGUUCCAAUCGAGUUGCAGAAUUUAAAGCUGAAUGUACUUAAUCUGUCGAAUAAUCAGCUUUCUGGAGAGCUCCCUCCUCUUUAUGCCAAGGAAAUUUACCGGAACAGCUUCGUCGGGAAUCCAGGAUUGUGUGGUGACUUGGAUGCUCUUUGUCCAAAGAUAAGUCGAUCUAAGAACGAGAACUCUAUGUGGAUUCUUACUUCCAUUUUUAUACUUGCUGGCCUGGUUUUUGUUCUAGGGGUUGUUUGGUUCUUCAUUAAGUACCGGAGUUUCAAAAAGAUCAAGAAAAGUGCUACCAUAACAAAGUGGAGAUCAUUUCAUAAGAUCGGUUUUAGUGAAUACGAUAUUGCCGGUUGCCUCAAGGAAGAGAAUGUGAUAGGAAGGGGAGCUUCCGGCAAAGUUUACAAAGUUCUGCUUAGUAAUGGUGAUGCAGUGGCCGUGAAGAAAAUCAGUGGAGGAGUUAAGAAAGGGGAUUCCUUGAGUGCUGCUGAUACAGAGAGGGAUGAGUUUGAAACUGAAGUCGAAACGCUGGGAAAAAUCCGACACAAGAAUAUUGUCAGGCUGUGGUGUUGUUGCAAUGCCGGAGAUGGACAACUUUUAGUUUAUGAGUACAUGCCAAAUGGGAGCUUGGGGGAUUUGUUGCAUGGCAGCAAAGGGGGAUUGUUAGAUUGGCCAACUAGGUACAAGAUUGCUUUAGAUGCAGCCGACGGAUUAUCCUAUUUGCAUCAUGAUUGUGUUCCCCCGAUUGUUCACCGGGACGUGAAGUCGAACAACAUAUUGUUAGAUGGAGAAUUCAGUGCCAGAGUUGCAGAUUUCGGAGUUGCAAAGAUUGUUAAAAGAGUAGGCAAAGCUGCAGAAUCCAUGUCUGUGAUUGCAGGCUCGUAUGGUUACAUCGCACCAGAAUAUGCAUAUACCCUAAGAGUGAACGAGAAGAGUGACAUCUACAGUUUCGGGGUUGUCAUCUUCGAGCUGGUUACCGGUAAAACCCCGACCGAUCCAGAAUUCGGGGAGAAAGACAUGGUGAAAUGGGUCUGCUCUGCCUACAACCAAAAUGGUGUGGAGCAAGUAAUUGACCCCAGACUAGACUCUACCUACAAGGAACAAAUUUGCAGGGUACUCGAUAUCGGUAUCCUAUGCACUAACGAUUUCCCCAUUAACCGCCCUUCGAUGCGGAAGGUGGUCAAAUUGCUGCAGGAAGCUGGCAAGGAGAACAAGUUCAAAGCCAGUAAGGACGGAAAGCUCUCCCCAUAUUACUGCUACGACGAGGAAGCCUCCGAUCAAGCUAGUAUAGUAUAGUUCAAUUAGUUGAAUCUAGUAGUGGAUCACACUAAAAUUUAACUUUCCUCAUGCUGGUGGGUUUCAUUGGGGAGAGGGAAUGGUGCAGUGACAAGAGGGGUGCCCACUUUGGAAAGUAAAUCAUACCAAGUAGUUUAGUGUUAGACCCACCAUAGAGAGAGACAUUGGACAAUUGUACAAUAUUUGUUUUUGGCAGCAAUGAUUUCGACAAAUAUCGAGGAGUAUAGCUCUACUGGUUGACUGAAAAUAUCAGGUAGCAGAUACCGGAGUGGUCCGUCGAUCGACGUUGCCGCCCUUCAUAAGUGAAUUGGGCCCUUUUGUCUCUCUCAAUGUCUCCUUCAUGGCUGUGGUUCUCAGAAGGAAAUGAUAGGAUGCCUUUUGACUGUAUACGUCUGUUAUGAAUGAUGAUGGACCUAAGCAAGGCAUCUAUCCGUCUUCGAUUGUUUAGGGUUGCAAAAAAGUCUGUUGUUGAGAGUGACAGUGCCUGAACUUGUGGGUUUUUGUAGGUGUGUUCUCAUUUAUUAGCUUAAUCAAUGGAAAAGUAGCUAAAAAGUAGCUCAUUU